AUGACUGCGGCGAAGAGCACGUGGACUGAAGUGAUGGAUCAGUUGGAGUACUACUUCUCCGACAUUAAUCUAAUGAACGAUCACUUCAUGCGUUCGGCCGCUAAGAAGGACGACGGAUGGCUAUCGUUGGAUACGUUGAUGCGAUUCAAGCGUCUGAACGGAUUGGUGGACAACUCGGCGGACGCGUUGACCGCAGCGCUCGAGAAGUCGCGCUCCGAUUGGUUCGAAGUGAACGCCGCGAACGAUAAGGUGAGGCGCCGGCCGACGAAGCCGUUGCCACAGGUGUCGGACCAGUUGACGGCCAGUCUGGACGAGCGCACACUCUUCGUGACCGGUUUCCCGCCGAAGACCACCGCCGAUGAGCUGAUCCAUUGGUCCAAACAGUUCGCUGGCGUCCUAUCCGUGCGGCCCAACCGUUUGAAGACCAGCCGUCUCUUCGACGGCACCGUUUCGGUGAUAUUCACCGAUAAGUCGAUGGCCGACAAAAUGCGCGCUCAAUCGGGCGUCGCCUUCAAUGGCCACGAGUUGGCCGUCGAGACAAAACUGGAGCACAAUUUCCGUCAAAAGGCUUUGAUUCCCAAACACGGCAACAACGGCUCGAAGGGAACCGUUGGCCCGACCACUAAUGGACACACCGAUAGUGAGGCCAAAAAGGGUACGAAUCCAAUAGUCGUGAAGUUGAUUGGAUUGAAGCGAAGCGUUUCCGUUGAUCGCAUUAAGAAGUGUUUGUCUCUUUACGGACGAGUGGUUUAUGUCGGCCGACACCCGACCGGCUAUUGUUUGGCACAUUUCGCCGAUCGAUCCGAUGGUUUGCGUCUAUUGGCCGACAGUAUCGGCCCGACAGCGGAGGACGCGAAGGGAGUGACCGGACAUAAGGUUUGUAUCGCCAAAAACGAAGUGACGGCCCAACUGUUGACCGAAGAGGAAGAGAAGCAGUUCUGGUCUGUAAUGGUUGAGAAGACUGUGCGACACAAUCGGCUCCGAAAGCAAGCGAACGAACACAAGAAGCGCAAGCGAUCGGUCAGUCAUACAGUCGUCGAUAGCGCCAAACGUUUGGCCCAAAGCUAG